CCUCCCUCCGUCAUUGCGCUGCGCUGUCAGCUUCUGAAUGGAUUCCAGUUUCUCAGCAGCAUCGCCGUCCUCACCACCGACUACACCGUCGCUGACAUAGCACCUUUCUUACCUUUUCUUUGCGCAUGUACCUUGUUUGAUUCACUUCAACCUUUCCAUAAUACUCUCGAUUCAUAUUGGUCCUCGCGUCUGCUGUUGCGAAUCCUCUCUUACACCAAACAGCCGCCACCCUCGUCGUCGUCGCCCGUCUUGGCCGCAGGUCUGACUGCGCUCCUGCUUACCUACCACCCAAUCUCCCUCCUAAUUCACCGCUGACACUCUGGCAAGAUGAUGAAAAGGAAAUCAGUCUUCACUACUAUCACGCCCAUUCCCCCGCAUAUUCCUCGUCAACUUGCGAUUGACAUGCUCCAUAGUCAUCAAGAAAUAAUCGAGCUCAACCCUCUCGUCAUUGAAGUCAAGGCAAUCAAGGCGCCCCAGAGUGCCCCUCCAGACGAAUUUUUCUCUACAUGGUAUGAAAUCACCGAGCGGAUAAAGUUCAUUCCUGGAAUUGGAAAAGCUGGCACAGGCAAAAUCUCCUUCAAUGGCUGCUUCCAUGAUAUGCCAUGGGGUCUGCAAACACAUGUCUAUGCGCCCAUGGGCGUCGACUUGCGCAACAAAUGGCAGAUCCGGGGCAACCAACAAGGCGAACCCCCUGAGACUCGAGAGUUGGGAAGUGGCGCACCCGCCUCAGGACUCUACCUUCGAGAGGAUAUUGAGAUCAAGUGUAAUCCCACCAUGGUGGGCUUCGUCAAGAAAGAAAUGAAGGCAUCAUCCAAGACCAUGGUUGAUCGACUUGUCAAGAAGGCUGAGUUGAUCGACGCCGGAGUCUUAAGUGCCAUGUUCGACCAGGGGAAACUCAAGACUUCCAAUCCGGCCGAUCGAUCCCAGAACGUUCAAGGUCAUGGUCACUACUCACCUGGAAUGCCACCUGGGUCUCCGCAUGCCUUUCCCCCUGGUUCGCCUGCCAAUCCAGCCUUCCCUCAAUCUGCAUAUCCCUACUCAGCCCACCCCAACUCUGCCCAUCCUCAAUCUGCAUAUGCCCGUCAGUCUCAAUAUGGCUACCUACAACCUCCUCAGGGUCUUGCCAUUGAAAUGCCUGGCAGUACACACUAUGCCCCCAACCCCGCGCAGCAAUACCAACAGCAACAGCAAUACCAGGCACCUGGUGGAGCGAGGUUUUCGUCAAACAUGUCCGAGUUGUCGGCCUCAUCACCACAACAGUCUCAAUUCCCGAUCAACAGCUCGACCUCAGACCGACAGAGUUAUGCCGCCUCGGUCAGCUCACAUCCAAGCUCUUAUCAGCACGGCGACGACAGAAUGUAUACUCCCGGCAACGAAAAGCGUGCAUUUGUUGCUGAACUACCUGGUUCUCAUGAGAAUAUAGUGAGAGAUCCGCCAAAGAGUCCUGACCCAAGCUCCACCCAAAAUUCUCAACAACCCCCCCAGCAAACUCCUCCACAAAUAUCGCAACAACAACAAUCGCCGCAACCGCCGCAGCUGCAGCCUCAACAGCAACAGCAACAGCAGCAACCUCCAACAGGAUUUCAAGGACUUCCUUCCCAACAGCGACAGUAUUCAUACAAUCCCCAGGACUACGCUAGGGUGUCGUGAUUUGUGGGAGUUUCACAGAUGCAGUCCACUUUCGAGGCUGUUGCACAACGCAAUCAUAUGAUGAAACCAAACCACUUAAUUUAAUCAGCAAGCUGGUGCUGUUUGCAUGAUAUUUUACAAUUUACGAGGCAGUUUCUUGGACAUGAAUGCCGAUAUUGAGAUAAUGGGAAGGAAUCAGGAUAUGAUCGCCUACCUCUACGGUAAUGAUGUGCGGUCUCAGAGAAAUAUUGGCUUGAUAAUAGUGUGAGCAUUUAUGUUUUGAUUUACGAUACCAUUGAAUGCGAUAUUUGGCUAGGUGAACGGCGAUAGUGGUAACUAGGUGUAUUUAUGUGUUUUCAUAUAUACAUGAUUGAGGAGUUUUAAGAUAGCGUAGGGACUUUAAUAAUUGAGCGUAGUGACAUGGAC